AAAGUUAGUUGAUAAGUUAAAAAUCUGUUUUCUGCUCCGAACAAAAACACCAUAAUAAUUAUCAAAUCAAUCAUCACCGGUGAUCGGAGAUCAGGAAUCAUCAGAUUUGAUUGGCGAAUUGAUAACUUUUUGAUCUAAAGAGGAGGAAGAUGGGGUUUAUACUUACAACCCUAAUUUUCAUUUCGAUUGGAAUCAUUGCUUGUUUUUGUACACGUGUCUGUUGCAACAAAGGCCCUUCUGCUAAUCUGUUCCACCUUACGUUGGUGAUUACUGCUACUGUAUGUUGUUGGAUGAUGUGGGCAAUUGUUUAUCUUGCACAGAUGAAUCCACUCAUUGUCCCAAUUCUGAGUGAAGGAGAAUGAACUAUUAUUGCAAGGCAUGUGCAACAACUUCUUUUACCUUUUAUAGCAUUUGUGAAUUAAGGAUGGCGGGGGUCUCAAAUUAUUGAAGACUGAUUAUCCGGAUUCAUUCAAUUUAUGAUAUUAAGUUGUUAAGAUCUAUAUGAGUUGCAAACAUCUACGCGUUCUUUCUUCUUGUUUCUGAGGAUUCAAUCGUUGUUAUAUGUCAGUAUAGCGUUCUUGUUCAGUUGUUGAGUUGUGGAAUGAAAUAAUACGAUGAACAACUUUUUUGUUA